ACAGAAAGAGCGCGCGCCUAGGAAGCCGCGGCAUUAGACGGUUGCCGGAGCAGCGGGCUGGUGGUCAUCGCUCCGGGCCUUCGCUGCCGCUUCUUCCUCGAGAAUCCGGGGACUUUGGCAGCCAGACCUCGUUCCUCCUACAGUAGAUCUCGUCUAGUCGCAGCUCAGCCACCAUGUUUGAGGCACGCCUGAUCCAAGGCUCCAUCCUGAAGAAGGUGCUGGAGGCUCUCAAAGACCUCAUCAAUGAGGCCUGCUGGGACAUCAGUUCGGGCGGCGUGAACCUACAGAGCAUGGACUCGUCUCACGUCUCCUUGGUGCAGCUUACCCUGCGCUCCGAAGGCUUCGACACGUACCGCUGCGAUCGCAACCUGGCCAUGGGCGUGAACCUUACCAGCAUGUCCAAAAUUCUAAAAUGUGCUGGUAAUGAAGACAUCAUCACAUUGAGGGCUGAAGAUAAUGCUGAUACCUUAGCACUAGUAUUUGAAGCACCAAAUCAAGAGAAAGUUUCAGACUAUGAAAUGAAGUUAAUGGACUUGGAUGUUGAGCAGCUUGGAAUCCCAGAACAGGAGUACAGCUGUGUAGUAAAGAUGCCGUCUGGUGAGUUUGCACGCAUAUGCCGAGACCUUAGCCACAUUGGCGAUGCUGUUGUGAUAUCCUGUGCAAAGGAUGGCGUGAAGUUUUCUGCAAGUGGAGAGCUUGGCAAUGGAAACAUUAAGUUGUCACAAACAAGUAAUGUUGAUAAAGAAGAGGAAGCGGUAACCAUAGAGAUGAAUGAGCCAGUUCAGCUAACUUUUGCUCUGAGGUACCUGAACUUUUUCACAAAAGCCACUCCGCUGUCUCCUACAGUAACACUCAGUAUGUCUGCAGAUGUACCUCUUGUUGUAGAGUAUAAAAUUGCUGACAUGGGACACUUAAAGUAUUAUUUGGCUCCCAAGAUCGAAGAUGAAGAAGGAUCUUAGGCGUUGCUAGAAACUGAGAAAACAACCUCUGAGGAUUGCUUCUGAGAUGCCAGCGUGUUCUGAGGUCUUUUCUGUCACCAAGUUUAUACCUGAGUAUUAAAUAUUAAAAUAUGUAGAUAUCUUCUGUAAAUAACCCACUUUUUCUCUCCAUUCUCCACAAUUUGCUUAAAGAAUAAGCUCCAUCUCGGAAAAACCGGGAAAAAAAAAAAGCUCCAAAGUAAAAACUGGUUUUUUAACAUGUUUCUGCCUUGCAAAUACUGGUGAUUUCCAUCAACGAACUUGACGCUAAAUGCAGUUUUGAGAAAUAUUUUUCAAUUUAAAUAAAGUUAACAAUUUGAAAAG